UCACAACCGCUAGCACGUCUCCCUGGUUGGCAUUGUCUUGCAUUCUACACGUUAUAACAGGACCUCUUUCUUUUACACAGCGGAUUUUUUCCAACAUAUUUUGCAAAUUUUUCUUAUUUUGGAUAUUUUUAAUUUUUUAACAGUGAAUUGGAAGCUAUCGUUAACAGAAUUACUAUACAGAUUGUCAUCCAUCUGUGAGAUACAUGUACGCGAUUUAAAAUCAUGCACAGGAGUGACGUGUUUAUCUGUUUUCCCGUAGGUUUUCACACGUGUUGAUAAUAUAUUGGAAGCAGUGUACCUCUCAGGACUUAGAUUGGAUGUCUUGUAAUCUCAACAGGAAUUUCCGCCAUGAAAACGACACAAAGUAUAUAUGAUGCCAUGCUGCAACAGAUGCAAUUUGGAAACCUUUCUAAAAACAUCACACUGAAAUGGCCCCCGCAAGAGCCUUGGGACUACCCUGGGAUCUAUAAAACAGGGAGAUCGUUUUACGCAUAUUUUACUCCCGUUAUUUUAAUCGUGGGAUUUGUUGGGAAUACCCUCUCCUUCAAUGUGUUCAUUUCUAAGGGCAUGCGGAACCUCUCGGCUAGUGUUUACCUCGCGGCGCUGUCUGCGACAGAUCUCGUGACACUGCUUUGUUACGUCAUGGUGGAAUGGUUUCGGCGCGGACUUGUCUACCUAGAUCCCCACUGGAAAGUGAGUUUCGUUGACAUCGACUAUUUGUGCCAGUUUCAGAUGUAUACGUCAUAUGUUUCACGAAUGUCAUCCGUGUGGCUCAUUGUCGCAUUCACGGUAGAGCGUUACAUUGGAGUUUGUCAUCCGCUGCGGCGCAUUGAUAUCUGCUCUGUAAGUAGUGCUCGUAAAAUUGUAGUGUUCAUUUACUUGUCCUCCCUCUCUCUCGUGCUCUACAAACCGUUCCUCACAGGUGUGUUUGUCAGUGCAACAGGGGAAAAGUACUGCACGACCUACCCCAGCAACAGUUUUGUCUCGUUUGUCUUGGACAGCGUUUACGGACUGUUGAUCACUUUCGUACCGUUAACUAUUAUCUCCUUGAUGAACUUCCUAAUCAUCAACAAACUUUUCGCCAGGAAGAGGAAGCAGAAGAAAAGUCGGAUUCUGUCGGAGGAGGCGCUGAUACGUUUGGAGUUCACCUCCAUCCUGCUGGUCAUUUCUUUCUGUUUUGUGAUUUUUAACAUUCCAUUUUUGGUCAUGUGGAUCCGUAAUUUCUUUUAUUCCAAACACGUGACGAACAUUUCCACGAACGACUCGAUGUAUGAUGUGGAGUCGUGGCAAGGGGUGUUGUACAUCACGCGGACAAUUUUCUACGCGAACUACUGCAUUAACUUUUUCCUUUACAGUAUUACAGGCGCCUACUUUAGGCGCGGACUUAAGGGCAUGUUUUGCAGGGAUUCGGAAGGAUUUCUACGAUCUCACAACACAUUGAUGAGAUAUAACUCGCAUAACUCCCAUAAUUCCCACACUACGCACUCCUGGGUUUAGGCGAAUUUUUGUUCUUCUCGUCAAUGAAAAGAUCGUUGUACAACGAUUAGAAUUCACCCAAUCGAGCAAAAAAGCCAAUUUCUAGUGAUAUUUCAAACAACCAAUCUUAUGUAAUUGUACACUUUAUUAAAGGGACAUAGACACGAUUUUUUUUUACUUAGUUUUAUAUAUUAUUUUUAUGUUAUAUUUUACUUGUACUAUUUACAUUGCUUUAGAAAUGUAUUUCUAUUGAUCAAAUUAAAUUUGAGAGUCCCCCUUAGAGUUAUAUGCAAGAUACAGGCUCACAAUUCUUUGUCAUGUAAACAAGGCUCGCGCCCUGUUUUUGCUUACAGAGGUUCAAUAUACCAGAAAAAAAUAAUUUUCCAGCUUAUUUUUCUAUCUUUUUAUUUACUUUAAGCAAAGAUAAACAGUUCCUAACGUUUAAUACAUUCGUUUUAGGUUUAAAACUGAAAUUUUUACUUCUACGUUCAAAAUGUAAACAAACGCUUUGUUAACAUAACGAAGAUAUUCCAGCUCUGUAACUCGCUUAUAACUCAACAAAUGAAACUCAAAUUUCGGUUGCCUAUUAAAAAUACCUUUCUGAAGCAUUGUAAAUAUUAAAAUCGGAAAAAUAAUUUUUGACCAAAAUCAUGAACAUGCCCCUUUAAUAAUUGUUCGAAAUGUUUGAAAUUUUUAUUUUUUUGCUUUUAUUUAAUUCUUUAAUUCGUAAAUGCUUUUUGUGAAUUUCUAUCUUGGGAAAAUUAUGAUUGUGUUAUAAUAUUCAAUAUAGUUAUCAUUGGUUACUGUUUUAUCUUCUGUUGUUUUCUGUUUUAUUGUUUUAAGAAACUUGUUUCCAUUAUUGUGUUUUAAUACCCGAGCUUGUCGAUAGUAAAAAGUCUCUGUUUCGUCAAAUUUUUGUGAAAUUUUAAAUCGGAAAGGUAACUUUACUUGGCCCUCUAUUCUGAGUAACUCACCUUCAUUUUCAUUUAAGAGGAAUGGGUCAAGGGUCUGAAAGAUCUGAGAUUCAAAACUUAUGAAUUACAAGACGUUAGAUCUACAAGAGGAGCGGAUCAAAAGUUCAUAUCGAUUCUCAACCUCUAAAUCAAGAAAAAUGUUAAUUUAAAAAGUUUUAUAAGAUUUAAAAUUAGUCCAUAUGCAAAGUUGUAUGAAAUGCAUUGUUAAAUUAUGCAUAAAAGUCAGGAGAUUGCGUCAACUGACAAGUUAUGCUGACACUUCUGUUGAAAUAUGUACCAGCUUUAAUUCUUUUAUUUUGUUAUACAUGUAAUUUGUACAAAAAUAAACUAUGA